AUGGUCUGGGAGACUGAUCGCCUCCCAAACAUUGUCCAAGAUUUCUUGAGAUAUUCCGAUACUCUCCGAAAGCUUGUAGAAAAAGCGACGUGGGAGAUUGUGGAAGACAUCAAAGCCACGUUCUAUGAUCAAGAAAUUGCUAGAUGGUUAGGUGAUGACAAGAUCAGCCGCCAGGGUCAAUACCACGAGUCUCUGCAAACUUUUCGAGCUGAUCAGGCUUGUGAAUUCUUACUGGAAAAUACCAAUUUCACCAACUGGUAUGACGGUUCCGAUUCUCAGCAGCUGGUGAUCCUCGGCGAUAUGGGCCGUGGGAAAACCGUUGCUAUGACAUUUCUUGUAGACGAACUGCGUCGAAGAAAGGAAUACCAACUACCCCAGCCCAUGAUAUGCUAUUACUAUUGCUGGGAUAACGAGACAGGUAAUGCUACCUCUAUAAUCCCUACUCUGAUUAUAUCACUCCUUCAACAGCUCCCGGGCCUGAAAAAGCCAUUUUUUGACAUUAAGAAACUGGAAGAGUUCCUGCAAAAGGUGCUGGAAGCAAUUGACCGCCCAGUUUUCGUCAUCAUUGACGGUCUGGAUGAGUGCGAUACAGCAUCUCGAAACAGACUUCUCAAGUUAUUGAAAACUUUAUCGCGAAAGAUUUCGGGGCUUAAAACCAUACUGUCCUCCCGUCCUCAGGAAGAGAUCUUGGAACAGCUGGACGAAGCGGCGGCUAGGAUCGAACUGGGUCCUGACGUUCAGCGAGAUGGCAUUAUUGUUGACAAAAUAGUUGAAAGCAAAUUGUCUUAUCUAUCGAUGGAUGUCAAGGCACUCCUCUCAGAGCCCUACGUCACGAUAUUUUCCCGUUGUACUUCAGAUGAUCCCAAAAAUGAGGAGCUUGCAAGCGCAGCUCUGAAACUUCUCGCCAUCGCCCGCAGACCUUUAAGCAUACUAGAGCUCGCCUGGGCCGUUGCGUUGGGUGCGGCUAAACAUGUUACAACCAUCGACGAUCUUGCUCAGCUGGUAGACCAUCAAAGAUUCAUGAGUCUUAUUCAUCCAUUCAUUACUCAGGUCAACUUUAGUGAUGUAAAGAAGCGUCAAGUUCGACUCACACACCAGUCGGUGAAGAAGUUCAUCAUCGAAAAAUGGACUCCUGAUAAGCCUGAUUCACAAGGUCCGAAUCUAACAAAAUCUGAUCAAAUGAUUGUUGAUCAACGUCUUGAGAGCCUGGAGACAUUCAUCUUGGAUAUUUGCACCAGAUAUCUUCUCUUAGAUGAUAUUGACAAUAGAGAUCUAUUCUCCGCAGAGCAAGUGGCAAUCACAGAGCUGCCCCAAGAAUUCGACCUAUUCAGUGAUAACGAAGAGCCGAACCAUUACAAUCGACAUUGCACGUGGGAAACCUGGGAAGAAGAUAUGAUUCGCUACGACCCGAUUGAACGUGGCUUUGGUGAGUUCUUCGUCUACGCAUCAAGCCAUUGGCUGGAACAUUUCGGCGCUAUCACGGUCGAACCUCUUCCAAGCCUUGCAAGCAUAAUGAACUUAUGCCAAAUGGGAUCGAUCCGAUUCCGCAAUUGGACUCAACAAAAUUGUCGCCCAGGCUGCACGAUGACGGCCGGAUUUCGAUUUGACAGCAGUCUGUAUGAUCCCCUCAGCAUCACUUCGCACUAUGGCUCAGGAGCUAUGCUACGUGAUAUGCUUGAGAACUCGGACUUUGAUAAGGACAAGUUUCUUCGAAACCCAGCUAUGGAGGCUGCUGAUCAGAUUUUCCAAUGGGGCAACAUAUCAAGGCUCAGGAUACUCUUCUUGGAUGAUAAACUUGGUCAUCAGCUACAAAAUCUUGGCUUUUUUUCGACUUGUCAUCAAAAUGUGGAAUGACCCCUAUAUAAAUCACCACAACUGGGAUCCUGCAUUUGACCUCGUCGAAUAUGUGUCAGAUAAGAUGGUCCAGGAACAAUGGG